AUGAACGCUGUUGCCACAUCGCCUGGCCAAGUCACCUCGCAGGUACAUCAAAUGUCGCUCGCGUCGCCCCAUGACGAGAAGCCCGGCUGUUUAGCUCUAGACGAACAUGGAAGAGCACCCAGCCCUGCAACUUCUCUCAUUACUGAUGCCCAACUGGACGUUGCCCCGAUGAAUCCCAGCUUCUGUCCAGAGGUGCCCCCAGCCUCCUCGGUUGUUGGCACUUCUCCCGUUUCUUUGUUCUUGAGAAGCACCGGGGGCAAGGUCAGACUAUCAGAGACCAUGGUCCAGUAUCAAUCUCUCGAGGAUCUGCCAAACGAGGUUUUGUUUCAUAUUAUGGGUUUCUUGGACGUCAAUGACCUCCUGUCAACGUCGAGGACAAGCCAUCUUCUCCGCGAUAUAUCUCAAGCUCCUAUCUUGCACCAUUACCGGCUCCUGCGAGUUAGAACCGAUCUUACAUCACGUCUUUGGUCUCCGUCUCGGCCGUCUCUUGCUGACCUUAUUGCUCGUUCCAUUUUCAGGACAAAUACUUCCAUAGUUUCACGGCGCCUGGCCCGCUCCUUGGUCUCGAUCCGACUAUCUCGACGUUUAGCAGCAAGGCCUUCGGCCGCAUCUUUAGUCGAGCGUUCAGUAUUGCCAAAGGAGUGUGUGCCCGGCAUGACCUCAGUGCAUGUCGCGCCCGCGAUCGUUGCUAAGAAGAAGGCUAUCGAGAAGGAGAAGGUCAAGGAUGGGCUUCGACAAUGGAUAGCGUCCCGAUGGAGGCGUGAAGUUAGAGAGCGGCAAGAUGGUGUAAGAAAAUGGGAGGAGAGCCGUGGGGUAGGGCGUGUGUGGAGGCUCCGUAGAUUUUGGGAAAGUGUCAGCCGCGGCGAGGAUUAG